CGGCAGGAGGCCCCCGGGAGGCCAGGGCAGCCGGCACAGGGUCGGAGCGGCGGCGCGGCAGUGGCCAGCACCGCCCGGGCUCGGGCAUGACGCGCUGGUGGCGGGCGCUGUUGCGCACGGCGCAGCGCUACCCGUGGCCCACCAACGUGCUGCUCUACGCCACGCUCUACUCGGCCGGCGACGCGCUGCAGCAGCGCCUACAGGGUGGCCCGGCCGACUGGCAGCAGACGCGGCGCGUGGCCACCUUGGCCGUGGCCUUCCACGCCAACUUCAACUACGUGUGGCUGCGCCUGCUGGAGCGUACGCUGCCGGGCCGCGCGCCGCGCGCUGUCCUGGCCAAGGUGGUGUGCGACCAGGCGCUCGGCGGGCCCGUGGCCCUGUCUGCCUUCUACGUCGGUAUGAGUGUUCUCCAGGGAAAAGAUGACAUAUUUUUAGACCUGAAACAGAAAUUCUGGAAUACAUAUAAGAGUGGUCUGAUAUACUGGCCUUUUGUACAGCUGACCAACUUCAGUCUUGUUCCUGUUCACUGGAGAACAGCUUACACUGGACUUUGUGGUUUUCUGUGGGCUACCUUCCUUUGCUUUUCACAACAGAGUGGCAAUGGCACGUUGAAGUCAGUUUUCAUCUUCCUUCAAAGAAAGGAGGCAACACAGUCCAAAGGGCCCCAGAGAAAUGAGAGAUAAAGGACUCCCCAAAAGUGACUAAAUUUUUUUCCUUAAAUGCAGUGGCUUGCAGAUAAAAUACUCUAUUGGCCAGUUAUGUGAUCCAUUUUGAAGAAUCACUGUUCUGGAGACCUAGUUGUUUCCUAAUUAUCAACAAGUACUUUAAAUUUUAUUCAAACCUCUUUUGUACCCCCAUUUUGGUCUGAAAAUUUUACUUAAUAUCUUCUCUAAUACUUUGAUGAAUGUCAAUAAUAGCUGCAUAAUGGCA